GUGGCGCUGAGAGCUGGGCUGGGGCCGGUGCGUGCGCAGGUGCGGCCCAUCCUGAAGAACGCGGCGGACGGGCUGCGCUCGCGCGACCGCUCGGCGUCGCCGCGCCCGCGCCUCUCCUUCAGCGCGGACGAGGGCUGUGACGGCUCGCCCCCCGUCGCCCUGCGCCGGCGCCCCGCCCCCUCACCUGGCCACUCGCCCCCGCAGGCGCUGGGCGAGACCCCGCGCCGGCCGCUGUCCGUGGCCGAGCGCAUCCUCACCAUGGAGUCGUUCCUGGAGCAGGAGGCGCAGGCGGUGGCGGCCGCGCCCACGGGCGCCGUGCCCAAGCGCCUGGGCUCGCUGCGCGCCUACCGCCUCGCCCACAAGGAGCGCUUCCACACGCAGCCCGUCACGCAGGACGAGCUGCUCGCCUCCGCCAGAUUUAAUCACAUAAUAUCUCCUGUGGAAGUGGAGAUUCAACAUAAAUUAGAAAUAAAUGGCUGUGACCACGAGACUGAAUCUUUGGAGGGAAUCUCUGGCUUGAGUCAGAGACUUACUGGUAUCAGCCCACCUCCAAGAACUGAUAGAGUAGAGACCAAACCUGAGACUGUGCCCUCUCCCAUAGACUCAGCUGGUAACUCAAGAAGAAGCAGUUUGUUUGAAGAGGUUGAUUCUUCUGUCAUCAGAGAAUCGUGUGGAAGUGUAUCAGCUCGUGCUUCGUUAUUUGCGAGACUUGAGGAAGAAAUGAAACAAGCUGCACAGGAGGCUAAAGUGCCAAAGAAGAAGGAUGGCAGUGCAGUUAGCAGGUAUAAAGCUCGAAGAGAGCAAAUGUCCAAUUCAACAAGAUUUUCUACACAACCUGUGACCCAAGAGGAAGUGCAAGAGGCUUGGAGACAGAAAGAGCAAAAUAGGGCCAGUCCUGAUUCAAGUCCAGACGAACCAACUCAAGGGGUGCAAGAUGAGGAUGAUCCUUCUAAGUUAAGUCUGGCUGAGCGGGUAAAACUAUUCAACCAGAAGAUCAAGGACGGCCAACUAGCGAAGCCAGUCGAGACGUUGGCCCCACCCACUCGGAGGCGAGCUCCUCGCUUCCAGACGAUGCCCAUCACUACAGAGGAGGUGGAGACAGCCCAGCUGAUCUCUCCUUUGGCUGCCAGUCUCGUUAAACCUCCAGACCCCAAGCUCCUAGGUACAAUGUCUGCCAGAGCUGCCAAGGACCGUAUGCUAGAACAUGGAGCCCAGAUGCUAAGCCGAUCUAACAGUCUAAGCCAACAACAUUCGUUCUCUGAAUCUGAGCCACGACGCAAAGCUCAUAUGACCACGGCCAUU